UUCAUUAGUGCCGAYAUGACUUUUUGAAAGAUCCUACCAAGUUAGAAUUUACUUACAAUAGUGAGAAUGAUUCAGGAUUUAGCAAGAAGGACAUUGAUCAACAUUUUGUGAAAGCUGUCCUUUGUGAAAUUGUUUACCAAGCAAAACAAAAUGAUGUUAAGGCUUCACAUGUGUUGGACAAAGUGCAACAUUUCAAAAUAAAACAUCUUCUACGAAGGGGUCUAUUUGCAACCCAUGAAUUGAAAAAUGUCAAAUCUUAUCUAAGAAAGCCUCUUGGGGACUAUGAAAAAUUGGAGGAGUUAAGACUGAAGAGAGAGUUCCUCGAUAAUACUGAAUAUUCAAAUAACUACUUUGUCUACACAUUUGAUGUAAAUACGAUUGAGACAAAUUAUAUUGCAAACAAGAUGCGAAAUGUCAGUUAUGAACUUCUGAUAAGUGCUCAGUUUGGAAUACAAAAGAAAAGAAAAUGUAGAGGUGAAAAGGAGCAGUCUGGAGGCCAAAAAGAAGAGAAUCAUGCAGAAGUGAUUGUUGAAAACUUCAGUGAUGUGUCCAGGCUUGAGAUUGACCAGGUAGAUAGUAACAAACUGACUGUCUUCAGGGUUGAUGCAACACCACAGGUACUGCUUGCACAAUCAAAGGAAGAUGCACAGUCCAUCGUAGCCAUUAUUGAUGGGUAUUAUAAACUACUUGUGAAUAGAUAUAAAAGUCUUAUCAACCAAGGCCGAUCAAUCCUUGUUAAAAUUCAUGGACCAAUCAGGCGAGAAAGAGCAGUAUCUAAAAUCCAGGAACAUGGCARUGAAGAUGGUCUUUUCCUGAUCCGAAAAAGUCGAGAAAAUUACAAUCAGUACAGCUUAUCAUUGUAUUGCAAUAAAAAAUGUGAACACUACCAAGUUUUAGAAGAGAAUGGAGAAUUCUUCAUUAAAGAUACAACUGACAAGUUCAAAGACUUGAAUGAUUUAGUGAAACACUAUAAGGAGAACAAGGGUGGCCUUGUAUGCUGUUUAAAGAAGAAUUGCCCUCCAAGUGAUGAAGGUUUUGAUGCUCUGCUUGAUAACUAUCAAGAAGUUCCAACUUCUGAGCGACCACAAGACCUCAGUGAGUUUGGUGAAACUAUCAAUAUCAAAACUAUCAAAGAACUCACUGAAAUUGGUCAGGGUGAAUAUGGAAAAGUCAUCAAAGCAGAAUGGCUGAAAGAAGAAAAGGAGAAACCUGUUGAUGUUGYCAUUAGAAAAGUCAAGAAAGUUACUUAUGAUCAGAAAUUCUUUGAGGAGGGAAAAAGGCUAGUGGAGCUCAAGAACCAAAAUGUAAUCCGAUGUCAUGGAAUUGUUCGCAUGAAAAAUGAGCUGGGAAUAGUUUUUGAGUUUCUCUCUCAACCUCUUGAUGAUUUUCUAAUGAAGAGAAUAAAUAAAGAUAAUUACGGCACAUUAACAACAAAAACUGUUACCCAGUAUUCAGUUCAGAUUGCUAUAGGGAUGAAGUUUCUCCAGGAAAAGGAAUUUGUUCAUGGCCAGCUUUGUGCUCAUAAUGUUCUGGUACCAAGUGAUCCUACUAAUGUUAARAUUAGUGAUGCUGGAUUGUCAGACCUCAAGAAUCAUGGUGCCCAGUUCUUUCCUGGAAAAAAGACUUCUGACAGACAUUGCUGGAAUGCACCUGAAUUGCUGAACCCUAAACCAGRACAAAACACUAAUCCAACCCAUGAAAGUGAUAUCUGGUCAUUUGGAGUGACAUUAUGGGAGAUGUUCACCCUUAAGAAACCAUUCUACAAAACAGAUGGCACUUGCCUGUCAAAAGAGGAGGUUCUUGAUGUACUCAUCAGAAAUCAGUACUUGGAAACAGAGAGGGAUGGUAUUCCAAUAGUUGUGGCUGACAUAAUUCAACAAUGCUGGCUCCGUAAACCAGAGGAACGCAUGACGUUUAAAAAUUCACAGAAGAAAUUGAGAAAUUUUCUUAUGCAARAUGAAUACCAAGCAGAUUUAAAACGUCCAUUAGUACAAGACAAGAAUUAUGUUGAACCAUGGGAGAGAGAUUUUACUCCAACAAAAGAUGCACCUGUGCAGUUGCUUCCAGCUGUUGGUAGUGCUGGAUAUUCUACUAUGAAAACCAAUAAAUCAAAUCAAAAGAAGACUCUAACACUAGCGGCUGGUUCUCAGAAUGGCACAUCACACAGCUGUGGCAGUCUGCAACUUAUACCAAGAAAAGAAAGUGUAUUCAGAACAAAUUCUGAUCCAUGUUCACCAACCAAUGAUUAUGAGCAAGUAACAGAGAAGUUCAAGAAUCUUUUAKUAAAGCCACAGUUAUUUUCCAAUCUGCAAGGAACACCACYGCAACAAGAUGGAGAUUCUCCCAAUAAUGGACAAAGUACCCUURGUACUCUUGAUGGAGAAUGCACAUCCAAGGAUAUUGUACUAUUCACAUCUGAUAUCCAAGAUCCACCCUUCUCAGCUUCAUCAGUUGAAGACAAAGCAAUGGACUUUUUGAGAGAUUUGAACUCUCAAGCUCCCAAAGAUUCUGACAAUGUCACCACAGAUGAUAACACAGGAUAUGUUGAUCAUUCUGGCAACAAGCAACAAAGUCCCAUACCUGAAUGCAUUUCCAUGACGAACAAUGUCAACACCGAUGAUAACAAAGGAUACGUUGAUCAUUUGGGCAACAACCAACAAAGUCCCAUACCUGAAUGCAUUUUCAUGACAGACAAUGUCACCACCGAUGAUAACAUAGGAUAUGUUGAUCAUUCUGGCAACAACCAACAAAGUCCCAUACCUGAAUGCACUUUCAUGACGAACAAUGUCAACACCGAUGAUAACAAAGGAUAUGUUGAUCAUUCUGGCAACAACCAACAAAGUCCCAUACCUGAUUCCCCUUUUAUGAAGGACAAUGUCACUACCAAUUCUUCAACCAAGAAACAAGAAGCUGACCAGAUAAUGGAGCUUCAGGACCACCCAGUACCAGAUCCUGACCAGAAAAAGCAGAAAAGAGGGUAUCAGCCUGCUGUACCAGAUGCUCAACUAGAAGACCACCACAUGCGACCACUGAAUCAUGAAGAUGAAACUAAUGAUGGAUCAGGAAGCUCUUCUCAAGGCAGCAGUAAUGAGCAAAAAAAACAAAUGCCUAAACAGCAUUCCAUUGAAGAACUCAAGAAUGGAGUCCAAAAAAAGUUUCAAAUUGUCAAGCAAGACUUGACUUGGAAAAACAAACUUGGAGAGGGCCAGUUUGGAAUUGUAUAUGAAGGAAUCUUGUCUAAAGUACGACUKGGAACCGUCAUGCCCAAGAUAAAAAGGGUUGCUAUAAAAGAACUGCGCAAAACAGCAGACGAUAAAAGCCAAGAAGACUUCAUCAAGGAGGCCAUCAAUAUGUCAAAGUUAGCAGUUCAAAUCAGCAACAAGCACAUCAUAAAAUUUAUUGGCAUUUGUUUAGAUGAAAAUGAAGAUAGAUCUAAAGCUAUGAUCAUAACGGAAUUGGCUCCAUUUGGAAAUUUGGAAAACUAUCUCAAUAAAGUCAAAGAAAUCUGCAAUGGCAUGACAGUUUUGGAAAAUAAUGAWGUUUUGCACAGAGAUAUUGCUUUAAGAAACAUCCUUGUUGCAUCAGAAGAUCCAUAUCUGAUUAAGAUUAGUGACUUUGGACUUGCACGACUCAGUGAAUAUUACAAGUGUGAACGAGGCAGAUUUCCUUUGAGAUGGUAUGCACCAGAGAGUAUUACUCACCACAGGUUUACCUCUAAAAGUGAUGUGUGGAGUUUUGGUGUAGCUAUGUGGGAAGUGUUUUCCUAUGGAGCUCAGCCGUACCCAGAAAUAAAAGAUAUUCAAAAGGUGUGUUCAAUCUAG